CAGUCCGCGACCACACACCACAUCGCAAGCAUGCUGCGCACCGCCCGGCUGCAGCUCCGCAACACGCGCCCGCCGCCGACGAGCCUGCGCCGCCCCGCGCACAUCGCCGUGCGGGGCUAUGCCGCCGUGACCGACGUCGCCAACUUCCCCAAGGUCGGCGAGCAGCUGCAUGGCUUCACGCUCAAGCGCGUCAAGCAGGUGCCCGAGCUGGAGCUGACGGCGCUGCACCUGCAGCACGACCAGACUGGCGCCGAGUAUCUGCACAUUGCGCGCGACGAUGCCAACAACUGCUUCUCCAUCGGCUUCAAGACCAACCCGCCGGACGACACGGGCGUGCCGCACAUCCUCGAGCACACCACCCUGUGUGGCAGCGAGAAAUACCCCAUCCGCGACCCCUUCUUCAAGAUGCUGCCGCGCUCACUGUCCAACUUCAUGAACGCCUGGACCUUCCCCGACCACACCGCGUACCCCUUCGCCACCACCAACGCCCAGGACUUCCAGAACCUCAUGUCCGUAUACCUCGAUGCGACCCUAAACCCGCUGCUGAAGGAGAACGACUUCACCCAGGAGGGGUGGCGCAUUGGGCCGGAGAACCCACUGGCGGCCGACACGGACGACCCGAGCGCAAAGAAGCUGGUGUUCAAGGGUGUCGUGUACAAUGAGAUGAAGGGGCAGACGUCGGACGCAAGCUACCUGUUCUACGCCCGCUUCCAGGACCACCUCUUCCCCGCCAUCAACAACUCGGGCGGCGACCCUCAGAAGAUCACCGAUCUGACCUGGGAGCAGCUGCGCAAGUUCCACGCCGACCACUACCACCCGAGCAACGCAAAAAUCCUGACGUACGGCGACAUGCCUUUGGUCGACCACCUGAAGGAAGUGAACGAGCGCCUAAGCAGCUUCAACAAAAUACAGGUGGACCAGGAGGUCAAGGCGCCCAUUGAGUUGGACAGCCCUAAGGAGGUCACAGUCCCCGGCCCUAUGGACCCGUUGGUCCCGCAAGAUAAGCAGUACAAGACGUCAGUGACAUGGUUGAUGGGCGACACAGCCGACGCUGUCGAGAACUUUGCGCUUGGUGUUCUCAGCAGUCUGAUGAUGAACGGCUAUGGGUCGCCGCUGUACCGCAAUUUGAUCGAGUCCGGCCUCGGUGCCGACUUCAGUGCCAACACUGGAUACGACAGCGCAGGACGGAAGGGAGUCUUCUCCGUUGGACUGGACGCCGUCAAGGCUGAGGAUGUGCCCAAGGUCCGCGAGGCCAUCAUGAAGACAUUCAAGGAGUCGCAACAGAACGGCUUUGACGAGAUCAAAGUCAACGGCAUUCUCCACCAGUUGGAGUUGUCGCUGAAGCACAAGACCGCCAACUUCGGCAUGGGCAUCAUGCAGAGGCUGAAGCCCGGCUGGUUCAACGGCAUCGAUCCAAUGGACGCGCUCGCGUGGCAAGAGACUGUCGAUGCUUUCCAAGCAAAGUACGCUGAAGGCGGUUACUUGGAGGGACUCAUCGAAAAGUACCUACUCACCGAGAACACACUCACAUUCACAAUGAAGCCAUCUGAGACCUUCAGCCAAGAACUCGUCGAGGAAGAGAGCCAACGACUGGCGCAGAAGAUCGCCGAGACCACAAGCAAGUUCUCAAGCGAGGAGGAGGCACAGAAGUAUCUCGAGAAGCGCGAGUUGGAGCUGCUUGAGGUUCAGGAGAAGGCCAGAACCGAGGAUCUCAGCUGCUUGCCCACUGUGCACGUCAAAGACAUCCCGCGAGAGAAGGAGAGGAAGCCUCUUCGCCACACCAGCAUCGGCGACGCCAAGGUGCAAUGGCGCGAAGCUCCCACUAACGGCCUGACAUACUUCCGUGCGGUACACCGGUUGGAGAACCUGCCAGACGAGCUGAGAGAGCUGAUCCCGCUCUUCACAGAUGCUCUUAUGCGUCUGGGGACAAAGAACAAGACUAUGGAGCAGCUGGAAGAGCUGAUCAAGCUCAAAACUGGAGGCAUCUCGGUCGGCUACCACUCCAAUCAGUCGCCACUGUCGCUCGACACUUACGAGGAAGGCAUCGCUUUCUCCGGCUAUGCUCUCGACCGCAACAUCCCUGACAUGUACGAGCUGCUGCGCACAAUCCUGCAGGAAACCGACUUCGAAUCCCCAGAAGCAGAGAAGAAGAUUAAGGAACUCCUCCAGGCCUCGUCAAGCGGUGCGGUCAACAACAUCGCGUCUUCUGGCCACUCGUAUGCCAUGCGAUACGCCGAGGCAGGUAUCACAUCUGUAGGACGCCUCGCAGAGCAGACCGGCGGCCUCACCCAGGUCAAAGUCACAACCAAGCUCGCCGCCCUUGAGUCCCUCACAGAAGUCAUCCAAAAGCUCAAAGCGAUCCAAUCCUUUGUCAUCGCAAACUCAUCCAACCUCCGCGUCGCCCUCAACUGCAGCCCCGAGUCUGCAACACCCAACCAAGACGCCCUUGCCACCUUCCUCACCUCCCUCCCCAAAUCCGUCGCCGUGCCCUCCACAUCGCAGGAAAACACCUACCCCCGCAACGCGAAAUCCUUCUUCCCCCUUCCCUACCAGGUCUACUACUCCGCCCGCGCCGUCAAAACAGUCCCCUACACCGACCCCGCCAGCGCGCCCCUCGAGAUCCUCGCCAAGCUGCUCACCUUCAAGCAACUGCACCCCGAGAUCCGCGAAAAGGGCGGCGCCUACGGCGGCGGCGCCUACGCCCGCGGCCUCGGCGGCGUCUUCGGCAUGUACUCCUACCGCGACCCGAACCCGGUCAACAGCCUGCGCGUGAUGCGCGACGCCGGCGUGUGGGCGCGCGACCGCGCCUGGUCGGCCCAGGACCUCGAGGAAGCCAAGCUGUCCGCGUUCCAGGGCUACGACGCGCCGCAGAGCGUCAGCCGCGAGGGCAUGCGGCUGUUCCUGUCCGGCGUCGACGACGACGCGCUGCAGCUGCGCCGCGAGCGGCUGCUCGACACGACGGCCGCGCAGGUCCAGAGCGUCGCGGAUGCGUUCCUGGUCCAGCGCGCGGCCGAGGCGAAUCUGGCCGUGCUCGGCGAGAAGAAGGAGUGGGCUGCGGACUGGGAGUUGCGCGACCUGGGCAUGGCGGCGCAGAGCGAGGCGGCGCAGCCCGAGGCUGCUGCUGCUGCCGCGGCCUAGACGCGGUGGUGUUGUGUGUAUGUAUCAUAGCUUGUACAGUAUCCCUACUCCCGCAUCGCCGGUGUUCGCACUGGGGCUGAUGUAUCUGCCUUCGCCUUCGUUCCC